AUGACACAAGGAGCAAGCAAGAAAGACGACCCAGGGGCACCUCCUUCGUAUGCUGCAGUUGUUGCACAAGGAACUUCUCAACAAGGCAAGUCGCAGUGUCCGAGUGCUCGGUUCUUUUCCGGAUCAUCAAGAACGCAAAUACAUGCACCUCAGCGUUAUCAUCCAGAAAUUGGUGGUGAUUCGUCACGGGCGCAGCUGCCGUUUCUAGACCCGAGGUCCCAAGCCGCCCAGGAGGCUGCCCGAAGCAGGGCACUCUUGCGCUUCUUUGAAGCGUUCCUGUGGGCGGUCGUCAUUUAUGCUAUUGCGGCUGCAAUUGUAGGGAGCUCAGUGUGGCCGACAGCGCACCGGAGACACUGGCUAAAGGACCCUGCGCUCGGGAGCGACGAACAUCUUAUCAAUCGCUCGUUGCUGGACUCUUUGGAUGCCCACGACAUGAUUGAUUUCUCAGUGGGCUUCCCUCCUCCGGCCCCGUCCACCAAACAGACACACACCGUAGGACCUCCUGCGGAGAGUCUCCAACCGCCUGGAGCUAGCCCACAAAAGGGGGAGAGCCUGGUGCGAGACGAGAAGAGUGACUCGAACUCUUUUCCAUACACAUACCGCCCUCAAGGAGCGUUUGCCGACCUGCAACCGCCUGCCCAACCAAACCCACUUAGGCAUCGCCCGAGCGCGUCCAACGAUGCUCUCCGUGCCUUUGGUGCAGUCCCAAAUCUCAUGAACGAUCCGCCCGCCAAGCAGUCAUUUCCUCAGGAAUUAUACAGCUCGUCCACCUCGAAUUUAUCGGAUCCAUCCGCCUUUGGCCGCGGCUUCAAUGGAGUGGACUAUGAAUUGGCAUCAUCCCAUUCUACCUCCACCACGAAUACACUCAACGGGUCAAGCACACCCGGACCACAUUCGAUACUUCCUCGAUCCAACCCUUUCAAUAUGUCAGCGGCUGCAUCCGCCGGAUUCUCUUCGACGACCGUACCCCUCUACUCCAAUCAAGUACAGCUAUCUAUUGCACCCGGUGCUCUCCAGACAUCCAGCCUGAGUCAACAGACUCUGCCCUCUGCCACUCAACCGCCGCCGAUCCCACCCAUCCACAAUGUAUCGUUAUCUCAUUCAUCUGUACAACAAUUCUUGCCUGGUGCUCCAUCGACAGCACAAUUGAUGCAAGCACUGCAGAGCAUGCCCCCCCAACAAAAGAACGCAGUGGUAGGACGUCUACAGGAGCUUGCCCAAUCAGUACCUGUCCCAAUACCGCCUGCUAGUGCUGCUCAGCAGCCCAUACCCGGAGGUCAAGCACAAGAAGAGAUCUCAACCAUUUUCGUCGUGGGCUUUCCCGAUGACAUGACUGAACGAGAGUUUCAGAAUAUGUUCACAUUUUGUCCCGGAUACGAGGCGGCUACUCUCAAAGUCCCUACAAAGGAGCAACAAGGUCAGAUGGCACCAAAUGCAGCCGUUGCUGCCGCUGCAAGCGCAUUAGCUGGAGCAAGUGAUCCGUGGCGUUGUCGUCGACCAAGGAACAAUACGACCGCUACCACAUCAUCGACAUGGGCGACUGGUCUAGAAGAUCCGUAUACCCGUCAAGUACUCGCUGCCGCUGCAGCGUCCACCACGAGCGCAUCCGACCUCGCUCAGCAAUUGGCUUUGGCUCAGCAAGGCCAACCACGAAAGCAAAUCAUUGGCUUUGCCAAAUUCAGAUCGCGAGAGGAGGCAUUGCAAGCGCGGGACGUUUUGCAUGGGAGAAGAGUGGAUAUCGAAAAGGGUGCAUUGCUCAAGGCAGAAAUGGCGAAAAAGAACCUGCACACCAAGCGAGGGGUUGGGCCAUUGCAGGUUCAACUUCCCUUGGGCAUUGGCGUAAAUGGUCCUGCAGGAGCUAGUGGCGCGUUUGGCGUCUUUUCAGAAUCUGCUGCCCCUGGAACCAACGGAGGAAAGCACCUUGGCCCUAUAGUGGGACCACCUGGAAGUCUGGGACCCGUUCAAAGUCUGAAUGAGUCCGAUCGACUUUCACUGGGCCCAAUAGUUCCCCCUCUCAGCAACGCGCCAUCUCCUAACGAUCUUACGGCCAGUUCGGCAUUGUCGAAGGCACCAGACUCGCCAUCUCUCAGGGCACAGCGCAUUAAUGACAUUCCUACCUUUGUACCAUCCGGCUCUGGGCCCGUGAUCAACAACAACGGUGACCAGACGCUUUACAGUUCACGACCAUACCCCGUCCACAAAAAUGCAAACUCCUCUUUAUUGGAGGGUUUCCAUCCACUUCCAACCAAGCCAGUUUCGGACAUUGUCAAAGCCAAUGCCUUGCCACCAACAAACCUCCCUCCCCUAUCAUCACUAGCCUGGGUGCACCACACCCACCACGCCGAUACUGGCUAUAUAUCGGACGCCUAUUCGACAUCUCGCUUGUCCGAGCGUUCCCGCUCCGAGUCUGUAUCUCGAUACGGCGGUUAUACGCCACCGCUCUUUGACGAGAGUCACGCACACUUACCUCCACACCUGCUCGCCGAUGACGUACUUGGCACUCCGCAGCAGACCGACUAUGCCAACAAACUGUUCGAUAGUCUGCCAAUGGAACUUAUAAACGGCUUAAACGAUGCCCUCAGAGUGCCAUUCGAGAGUGGAGCAUCGGGUGGACCCCAGGCGGGUGAGUCCUCUGCCAACUUUCCAGGUUCGAGCGCGUCCAGCGUGGCAGAGUCUGCUAGCAGUGGAGGUGCGGAGAGUAUGAGCAUCAGCACCACCAGUGGCCAAGGUUCAACACCGGCCCCAGCAUCUACAGUCCCUCCGACAAUGCCGAUCGAGUUUGGGCGCCCGAGGCAAGGGACAAUGGGCAGUAAAAGUAACUAUGGACCCAAUGGAGGAGAACAUACGCGUACGAGUGGAGAACACCCUCGAGGAAGAAGCAAUGCAGCAGACCAAAACCCUCCCAUCAACACGCUCUACGUCGGAAACUUGCCAGCGAAUCCCACAAAUCCACAGGCAACAAAGGCUCUAGAAGAAGCGCUUGUGCAGCUCUUCUCCCGCUGCCAAGGAUAUAGCAAGCUCAGCUUUCGUCAAAAGAGCAACGGCCCUAUGUGCUUUGUCGAGUUUGAAGACGUUGCAAGCGCCAGCAAGGCACUUUCAGAUUUGUACGGCAAUAACCUCAAUGGUCUCAUCAAGAGUGGAGGCAUACGACUCUCCUAUUCAAAGAAUCCUCUGGGAGUGCGAACGGCGGCACCAAAUACCUCUGGAACCAAUCUCAACAAGCUUAUGAGUCCUAUGCAAAGCCCGACGGCCCACGGAAACGUUCACUUUAGCUCCAUGCCUGGGGGCAUGCAGGAUGCUUCAGUUAUGGGUCGUGGACUUGGUCAGUCCAUCGAAAUGCCUCGCAGAGGGCGAGCCGAAACAAUGGAGAUGGGCAUGGGCCCGGUGUCGCCAACAAGAUAUCUUCCCGCAUCACCGCCGCCCAACGGCUCUCAUUAUGGAAUGUCCAACAAACCAAUGGGUCCCUAUGGUCGUGGUCCUAUUAACAUUGGCGGCCCAAACGUCCAACCCUUUAUGAUGGCGUCCAGCCCGCCAGCGACGUCCCCAAUUAGCAUGUAUCAACCAUCGUCUUCAUUCCAGCCCUUUAGCCAGCUCGACCUCGCUCGUGAUGCUGCCCAAGGUGGCUUUGAUCCAAAUCUCUAG